AUGGACCCUAUAAGUGGUAGCGCCCAUGCUAGUGGUAAUGAGGGUGUUGGGCCCUCAAGUGCAGCUGGUGGCAACUCAGACGCAGUACUACAUAGCAUGGCUCAACAAGUAAUGGAUGAAAUUUCCAGGAACUUCAGGGAGCAGGGAGGUCUGUCUGGAGGCCAUAGUAGUUCAUUUGAGAAAUUUAUCAAGAUAAAUCCUCUAGCUUUUUCAGGAGGAACUGAUCCUACAGUCACUGAGAACUGGGUAAAGGAAAUUAAAAAGGAACUGGUAGUACUCCAGUGUACGGAGGAGAAGAGGGUGCUAUUUUUUAUGUAUAAACUGACAAGAGAGGUUGAGAGAUGGUGGACGACAGUGAAACUCCUUGAGCAGCGGAGGACAGUGCCUAUAAAGAUGACAUGGGAUCGAUUUAAGGAAUUAUUUUUCAAAAGAUACUUUCUAGACUCGUCUAGAGAAGCUAAGGUAGAGGAGUUCCUGAACUUGAAGUAG